AUGGAAAUUUCAAUAGUAAAAGAGAUACUGGAAAAAAAUGUUAUGUGGAUAGGACCGAGAUUGGGAAGGAGAAAAAGAUCAGAUGAUGAUAAUACAAAUCAAUUGGAUAAAAAUUCUGGUCCUCCUGGUGUUUUAGAAUUAUUACAGGAAAGUCCAUGGGCUAUUGUUGCUUUAAAGGGUCCGUUACGUUCUUCUAUAGGAGGUAAAAGAAGAACCGUUAAUUUUAUACCGCGAUUAGGAAGAGAUUCCGAAGAAGAAUAUGUUGAUGCACCUCCUGACUUUGCUAAAUCAUCAUCAAGAUCCGGAAAUGGUAUUUCUUACGGUGGAGGAAGUAAUAAUUUUACUCCGAGAUUAGGAAGAUACGUCAACCUUUACGGGAAAGAUCAUUUAUAG